AUGGAAGAAGGUAACUCAAUUAUUUACGGCCUAGAAAAUCAGACGAGAGCUCUAUCUCCACAGUAUGGAGAAUGUGACGCUAUUAGAUUCCUUAUUGGAACUCAAAGUUUAAAGCCUAACACCAAUCAAGUGCAUGUUGUAGAAUUGGAAGAAGAUACAGGAGCUUUACAUACAAAGGUAUUUAAACAUGAUAUAGGUGAAAUAUGGCACCUACGAUGUUCCCCUCAUGAUGCUGCAACCUUAAUAACUACACACAGUGCUUAUGAUCCUGAGACUUGUCAAUGUACCAUGGGUGUUACUAUUUUUAAGCUGCCUACAACUGAUGUUAUUCCAAAGGAUUUAGAUGAUUUAAAUGCAAUUCAAAGUAGAAAUGCAGAAGAUAUGGAACUACUGAAAACUAUAACACCUGAUAAACCCGAAGAAGAAAUCCGAUGUGCUGAAUGGCAUCCUUCAGAUGUAAACAAAAUAGGUAUAGUUUUAGACAACUAUGUGAGUGUCCGAGAUAUCAACACAGGUGAGCACGUAGCAUGCAUUGAGCCCGAAGGCAGGACUAGGCUCAAGUUUAGCGGCGGAAAGUGGAGUCCACAGGGACAUAGUCAGUUUGCCGUGUUACAAGAUACACAUAUAAAAUGCUUCGACACACGGACAGACUGCAACAAACCCGCCUGGAACAUUGACAGUGCUCACAGACAACUGGCCAGAGAUAUAGACUUCAACCCAAACAGACAGUUUCAUUUGGCGAGUGCUGGCGAUGACGCCGCACUGAACAUAUGGGACUACAGGAAUGGGAAAGAGCCUAUAUUUACUAGAUCUGAUCACUCUCACUGGGUGUGGACAGUGAGGUACAACACGUACCACGAACAGCUGCUACUUACAGGCAGCUCCGACGCGAGGGCCUUGCUCACGGCCGCCGCCAGCGUGUGCGAGGGGGACGACGAUGACAAAAAGGGACCGGUUCUAGAAGACGGCGUGCUGCAAUCAUACGAGCAGCACGAGGACUCUGUGUACUGCGCGGAGUGGAGCGCCGCGGAGCCCUGGACCUUCGCCUCGCUGAGCUACGACGCGCGCCUCGUGCUCUCCCGGGUGCCCAGACAUUUUAAAUAUAAGAUAUUGUUG